AGGGAUUGGGCAGCGACGGGAGAGGUGGGUGGUGAUUGGGCGGCGCCCGGGAGGCUCCCGGGUGAGUCGCGGGCGCGCGAGCGGGAGUUCCGGCGGAGGCCCGUGCUGAGGGCUGGCGCCUUCACCAUGGCCUCGGCUGAGCUGGACUACACCAUCGAGAUCCCGGAUCAGCCCUGCUGGAGCCAGGAGAACAGCCCCAGCCAAGGCGGGAAGGAGGUGGGGACUCGACAGCCCCUGGUGAUUCUCUUGGGCUGGGGUGGCUGCACGGACAAGAACCUUGCCAAGUACAGCGCCAUCUACCACAAAAGGGGCUGCAUCGUGAUCCGAUACACAGCCCCAUGGCACAUGGUCUUCUUCUCCGAGUCCCUGGGCAUCCCUUCACUUCGUGUUCUGGCCCAGAAGCUGCUUGAGCUACUCUUUGAUUACGAGAUUGAGAAGGAGCCCCUGCUCUUCCAUGUCUUCAGCAAUGCCGGUGUCAUGCUGUACCGAUACGUGCUGGAGCUCCUGCAGACCCAUCGGCGCUUCUGCCACCUGCGUGUGGUGGGCACCAUCUUUGACAGCGGUCCUGGCGAUAGCAACCUGGUGGGGGCUCUGCGGGCCCUGGCGGCCGUCCUGGAGCACCGGCCCGCUGCGCUGCGCCUGCUGCUCCUGGUGGCCUUCGCCCUGGUGGCAGUCCUGUUCCAUGUCCUGCUCGCUCCCCUCACGGCCCUCUUCCACACCCACUUCUAUGACAGGCUACUCGAUGCAGCCUCUCGCUGGCCCGAGCUCUACCUCUACUCAAGGGCCGACGAGGUGGUCCUGGCCAGGGACGUGGAGCGCAUGGUGGAGGCACGCCUGGCACACCGGGUCCUGGUGCGCUCUGUGGACUUCGUGUCAUCUGCGCAUGUCAGCCACCUCCGUGACUACCCCACCUACUACACGAGCCUCUGCGUCAACUUUAUGCGCAGCUGUGUGCACUGCUGAGCCCCUUGCCCCACCCACCCCACUCCUCUCUGCUCCAGAAAUAAACAUCCAGUACCUCCCUGCAACCUCUGUCCGUGGGUGGCGGGGUCCUCUUCUGUUUCAACUCCCUGACAGCCCUUUGGGACUUUGUGGUCCCGCAAGUAGAGAAUUCCCAUUGAAUUUUAGCAGCCUCCGCCCCAGAAACCGUGUCUCCCAGGAUCCUAGGCAGUGGGAGUGCCUGGACAGGCUUCUGUAGGAGUCUUGCGCCGUGGCUGUGUUUGGAUAAGUGCGGGUCAGGCUCUGGGUUCCUAUAGCUUUUAGGCUGUAGGGUUGCCCGAGAGGGGAGGGUGGGGUUGAGGAGGAGCCCGGGGUUGAUCUUUAACUUCUUGAAAGGAAGCUGAGCUUUGUGCGGAGGUCAGAGGAUAGGGUCAGGCUGGCGCAGGGGGCUGUGAUUUCUGCUCCAAAGCCCCGCAGCAUGAAGCACCAGCCGCAUAGACUGCACUUGGUCGUUCACUUGGAGAGGCUUCUCUCGCCUCACUGCCAGAGGGUCCGAGGCAGAAGCCAGAUGGGGAGCUGAGGACGUAGCGGUGGCAGGCCUGCCUGGGUCCACCACACUUCGCCAGGAAGCCACUGGUCCAGGAAAGCGGCAUGGUGUCUAACAGGCAGAAGGAGUGGGGCUAGGAAGACAGCACCAUGCAGGAGCUGGGACAAGCUAAGUCAGUAGCCCUGAAGACCAGAACCAGGGUGAGGACUCCUGCGUGUCCUUGAGGGACCCGCUCGGACCAUCUCCAGGCAGGAGAGGAGGCUUCAGCCUGAGUUCUCUGUCCUCUCUCAUUCCAUAAGUCGCUGCUGCACAAUGCCGGCACAUAGUAGGUACGCAAUAAAUAUGUUGACCGAAUGAGCUUACUGUGGUGUUCAAGGGCCUUGGGAGGGGCAGGGAUUUGAACGUUUGAAAGGCUUUGAAAGUUUGACAGGCAGUGAGGGAGAUGGCUGGCCAGGCUAUGGGUGGGAGCUGACCCUUGAUAUUCUCAGGACUGAGGGACCCUCUGCCUCCAGAGCCGGGCUCCAUCUGCAUUUUGUCAGCCCUCUGGGUCCUCUGGGACCGUCGCCACAAAUCUCUAUGCUGUGUGGUUGCAUUCCCAGCCAUAGUCAACAGGUGGCAGUGCUGCCUGGGCCAUGAGACCAAGCUUAAGGAUCCCACAGCUGGGUAGGCUUCAUGCCCUCACUCAGGGUUAACGUUGCCUGUUAGAGAGCAUACGGCCCCCAGGGUGAGAGUAACCAGCCAUCAGGGACCGCUUGAGUCCAAGGCAAGGAGAGGGGAGAGUUGAGACCUAAAAGGAGCCAGCCCGAUGGGAACUGGGCAUUACCCACUUCUCUUCCGAAACCUGAGCCACCCCUGGGGCUGCUUUGCUCUGGCAGGCCAGGCCAUAUACAUUCCCUGGAAGCUUGGGCCCCAGGAUUCUUGUAUUCAGAAUAUUUGGUGCCAUCAAGCUGGGCCUGGGACUGUGCAGGGCCUUCAGUGGGCUCCAACCAGGGUGAUUUGUCACCUGGGUGCAGGAGGCAGGAGCUGCCAAAUGGACCCUAUUCUGUAGUACGCACCGAGGGCACCCAAAACGUCAGUGCGUCUAAGAUGGGGGGACUUGGGAUGAUGCAGGACUGGCCUGGUUUGUGGAAAUGUAUAAAGGAAAGGAUCUGCAGCUUUGAGCACCUGCCUGGGCACCCAGGUUGCACAUUACUCACUGGCAGUGGGCAGCCUUGGGGAUGAUGAUUUGAUAACGUGCCAUCUCCAGUGCUGGCUGCCCAGCUUCGGUUCCCCGAUGUGAGAGUUCACCUUGGACAACUGGGGCUUUCUAUUGUAGCCAUCUGGUGGUCUAGGCAGUAGCUAUACUGGGGUGUUGGUCGCUCACUAGAAAAAAAGCCAUGGGGGCUGAGAUGGUCGUUUUGGUUCCUGGCUCAUUUCAGGGGACUAGAAAGGGAUAGAGGCUUGGGGUAUGUGUCUUAAGCUUGUAGCUGCUUCUGCUCUAGAUUGGGGGAUAGAGCUAUGUACCCCCAAGCUCUGACCUCUUCUGUGAUUAAUGAGCUGACGAUUCUGCAUCGAUAAGGAAUUAACCUGGAGCCCCUACCCAUCAAUAGUCAGGAGUCCAGGUCCCCAGCCCCACCCCCACUCCUCAUGGAGUGCUCCGGAGCCCCCCUGAGCAGAGCAAC